AUGCGAACCUCUCUGGAUCAGACCCUUCUCUUUGUCUUGGCGCAAGCCCUCGUCGCCAAGGCGCAGUCAUGCCCUGACAUUCAAAUUUUUGGCGCCCGCGAGACCACUGUGUCUCCGGGCUUUGGAUCCGCUGGUGCACUGAUCGACAUGAUCAAGGCCGAUCAUUCAGGUGCUACCGCGGAGGCUAUCGAAUACCCGGCCUGUGGAGGCCAGUCCUCCUGCGGUGGUGUUCAGUACGGCGAUUCUGCGCGACAAGGCACCGAGGCUGUGGCCACAGCUGUUAACGACUUUCACUCUCGCUGCCCCGAUUCGCAGAUCGUUUUGGUUGGAUAUUCACAGGGCGGCCACAUCAUGCACAACGCCAUCUGCGGAGGAGGAGACUCUGGAGCCGGCAUCUCUGACACGGCUGUUCCUAUCACAGCCAGCGCAGUAGCCCAGGUCAAGGCAGCCAUCCUGCUUGGUGACCCUCGUUAUGUCAGUGGGCUCGCAUAUGGAGUUGGAACCUGCACUUCUGGAGGCUUUGAUGCUCGACCAUCGGGUUUUGUAUGCCCAAACGCUGGUAAGGUUCAGUUGUACUGUGAUGCUGAGGAUCCAUACUGCUGCAACGGAAACGACGCCAACCACCAUCAGCAAUACGUUACUCUCUACGGAACGGAGGCUUUGGCUUUCGUCAACAGCAAGCUUGGCGCUUCUGGCGAAGCUGGUGGAUCCAACGAUGACACUCCCGCUGUGCCAUCAACCGGUAACUCCAAUGAGGGUACAGCUCCCGUUCAACUCUCUACUGGCUCCGGCGAUAGCGCUGGCAGUAGCCCGAGUGCGACCCUUCUACCCCAGGAGACAACCACGGGGGGCAGCAGUGAAGGAGGAAACGGACAGGAACAGGGAAAUGGCCAGGAGCAAGGCACUAACUGCGCCGCUCUAUGGGGACAAUGCGGUGGUCAGGCAUGGACCGGGGCGACCUGUUGCUCGGAGGGAACUUGCAAGCAGUUCAACCAGUAUUACUCGCAGUGCUUGAAUUAA